AUGCAGUUUCUCCGUGUCUCCAGCCUCAUCAAGUUAUGUCUGGGGCUUUUGAGCUAUAACACUUUGGCAGCAGCUGUCGCCGAGACGCGCUGUUUCCCUGACGACUUCCUGUUCGGCACCGCAACCUCCGCGUUCCAAGUGGAGGGUGCCUGGAAUGCCUCCGGUCGUGAACCGAGCAUCUGGGACGACUAUUGCCGCUCUCAGCCAGGUCUCGAGUGCGCCGACACGACCGACGACUUUUUUCACCGCUACCAUGAGGACGUCCAGCGGAUGAGUGACAUGGGGCUGUCAUCCUUUCGAUUCUCCAUCUCCUGGUCAAGAGCUAUGCACUGGGAGACCGAGAGCAGGAAGAUGGUGCCCAACCCGCAAGGGAUCGCGUUCUAUCAUACUCUACUUGACGAUCUACAUGCGAAAGGGUUACAGGCUAUUGUCACUCUUUACCAUUUCGACCUUCCGUCGACGCUACAGACACAGCUGAAGCCCAAUGGAUGGCUCAAUCCGGAUAUUGUGGCGCACUUCGAGGACUUCGCGGAGCUGGCUUUUAGCGAGUACGGACACAAGGUCGAGUACUGGGCAACGUUCAACGAGCCGUUGACCUUCAUCAGUGGCGGCUACGGCUCGUGCGAUGCAGCUCCAGGUGGGAUGAAGCCGUCGGACACCAACACAUACACAGUCGCUCAUAACGUGCUGCAUUCGCACGCGCGAGCGGUGGCACUAUUUCGUCAGUUGAAACAAGACGAACACAAGGUGGUACAUAUCGGUGCACGCAUUGGUAUCGUGCUUAAUGCGGAGUAUGGUUACCCCGUGGACGAAUUCAAUGCUCUGGACGUGGCCGCCGCGGAGCGUAAGAUGCAGUUUGAUCUCGGCUGGUUUCUGAUGCCUCUUGUGACUGGAGAUUAUCCGGAGACAAUGCGUGAGCACAUUGGAGAGCGACUACCAAGAUUUACCACCGAGGAAGCUGCGCUAGUCAAGGGAUCGUACGAUGUGUUGAUGCUUAACCACUACUACUCGCGUGUUGUGACCGACUGCAACUCGGAACGCUCAGAAAUCUCCUGCGAUGAUCUCCCACUCGGUCAUGCUCGUGACAGGGGAAUUGACGAUACACGAGCUCCGAACGGGUCACGGGUACCUGUAAGCCCGGAGUGCUCGUGGCUUUCUGGAUACCCAGAUGGCUAUUUAGCCACCAUCAAGUGGCUACAUGCCAAGGACUCGACAGCAGAGAUACUACUGACGGGAAACGGGUGGUGUGGGGAUGAUCAAGUGGACAAUAGGACGCAGCUCUGGUAUUUCCAAGCUUACGUCGAACAAGUCUACAAAGCUGUCGCGGAAGAAAGAAUCCCAGUCAUUGGCUACAUGGCGUGGUCGUUCCUCGACAACUUCGAGUGGGGGUCAUACAAAUCUCGUUUCGGGUUGCAUUAUGUAAAUUAUACCCAGAAUUCAUCGCUAGAGCUGGCUCCCAUUCCUCGCCCAGCAGCAAAAUGGCUCUCUCAUCUAGCGACCACCAAGUGCCUGAAGGACUGGGAUCAAGAUAUUGUGCAAACGAAUACGGAUGAACAACAAGAAGCAACUGCAACUCGAGAGGAACUGCACCACCCCGAGGCUGGCGGGAAUGGUGUCGGUGUUCCGUGGUCUCUGAGUGAAGUAAUCCUUCUAGUGGUAGUGGGUCUAGUCAUUCUCGGGGCCAUCACGUGUGAGGCGAUGCGCGAGCUGCGUCUGAGUAGCCAAGGAUCCCCUGACGAGCUGCAAGUGCUAAUUACGAUCGAGGAAUGA